ACAAUAAUAAUCAUUCAUUUGCUUGGGUAUAUUUUCAAUAACAAACAAAACAUCAUUAUUUAUGUUCGAAAUUGUCGAUUGGUUUUCUUUAUGUGUAUUUUUUUAAAUUCGAUAAGCAAUUUUCUAUAUGAUAAUUUUUGAAAAGAUUUCAUUUAGUAAGUAAUUUGUUAAGAGUUAAAAGCACGAAAUUUUCAAACGCGGAAUCAAAGCAAAAGUAAUCAUGACAUCUCGUAGCCCGAAUUCGCUGCUUUCGACAACGUAUGACGAAACAUUUGAUUAUUUAUUUAAAAUUGUAUUGAUCGGAGACUGUGGUACUGGAAAAACAUGUGUUGUACAACGUUUCAAAACGGGCCAAUAUGAAGAACGACAUGGGAAUACAAUUGGCGUUGAUUUUUCUAUGAAGACGGUCAACAUUGAUGGCAAAAAAAUUAAAAUAACCCUUUGGGAUACUGCAGGACAGGAACGUUUUCGGACGAUAACUCAAUCAUAUUAUCGUUCUGCCAAUGGAGUUAUCAUAGUAUACGAUAUUACAAAACGAUCAACAUUUUUGAGUAUACAACGAUGGAUUGAAGAGGUUCGCCGAUACACUACCUCUGAUGUUAUUCUAAUUUUAAUUGGCAAUAAAUGUGAUUUGGAGGAUGAGAGAGAAGUUGAAUUAAGCGAAGCUCAGGCUUUAUGUCAGUAUAUACCCGAAAUAUCAUUUGUUAUGGAAACAUCCGCAAAAGAAAAUACAAAUAUCAAAGACAUAUUCUAUUUAUUAGCAACCGAAUUGAUGCAAAGGCAAGCAAAUUUAAUUGCAGAAGAGGAUGUUAAUCAGCCAAGCAUCACAAUAACAGAAGGACAACCUGUAAAUAAUUGCUCUGGAUGCAAGUUUCUGUGAUACGCUUUAUAAAAUUUAUCCAGAAAGGCAAAAAUAAAAUUGAGCUCCAUUUACUCGACAAAACCACUUCCAAUGGGUGUAAAUUGAAAUGGUAGUCAAUAGCACUGAUGUUGUAGAAAAUAUCAGUAACUAUUUGAAUAAAGCUUACUUUUACUUUAUUGUUAUGCUUUAUUUGACACAAAAUUGUAUACUUUAUCGUAAAAAAUUCAGAUUAA